GGAGCCUCAAGAGUAUUGGUGCAGCAUAAUGCUAUCUAAGUUAGACUCAUGACUAAACAUAGUCCUGUACUUGGUUCCAGUUCCUAGAUAAGUAAAUCGUGAUGGCAUUAACAAAAAAAAAGGCAAUCCUGUAAACCUUUGUUACCUAAAUCACUGAUUUUGGGCAUUCCUCUACUUUUCUGUGACCUACAUUUAGGAGCAGCAGGGUGCUCUGCUCUGGAUGCCCCCUCCCACCCAGUCAGUACUUCAUAUAAGCUUUGUGAUGCUCCUCAAAGGGUUUGGGGAAUGUAGAAUGAAGCUCCCUUGAGCAAUUCCUGAACAAAUUUCUCUGCAUUUUUAUGGCUAUACUAGAGCUUGGUGGUUGCUCCAAUCGUUUUUUGUGGUGCUAGUAUAAGUUGAUGGUCCUUCCUUGUCACAUAGAUAUACCAAAGUUUAAGAAUCUUAUCUUCUUUACCAUAGAGAGAAAUAAAUACAGCAAGUACCACAGAGAUUAACAAAAGUUGCUGAAACAAAGUGAACCAGUAAUUCGGGAGUUGUAAAGCAGAACAUAGAAAGCUCGAGGGAGGAGGAAUUCCGGGAUUGAGGAAUGGAUAAAAUUCAAAUGAUAGCAAUUCCAGUAGUAGGGAUAAUUGCAGUUGCUGCCCUGACUUUCUAUGCAGUAAGCUUUAAUGAGAUUCGCGAGAAAUCUUUCAAGGAUUAUGAAGAUUCAGAAAAUGAUGGAGCAUUCAAGUCUUCAUUGAGUUCCAGAGAAAGAAGAGCCAGAAAAAAAGCUGACAAACAAAAUAGAAGAAAUUAGUCAUGACAACAUACAAAAUACUAGCUCAUUCUGCAAUCUUGCAGUUCCUUAAUUCUUUUCUUUCGUUGGUGCUUGCAAUUGUGUGGCUGUCGAGUUCUUAAACUCUCCAUGUAUUUUACACUUUCAGUUCCUGGAGUUUUUCUUUGUUUUUGUUGUUGCCGUAGGAGACCCAUAUGGCGUAGAAGAACCAUAUGGAUCAGUUAUUGAAGGUUUUCAAUCUUUGGCUGCAGUAUCAGCAAUAUGACAUCCAGUGACAGAUUUAUGCAAGCGUGAAUAAUGUCAUGUUACUGGAAUUAAUGUUCGGUUUCAAUUUUA